GUCUACUUUCCAGAGGAGGGGCAGUUCAUCUCCAACGAGCCUAAUACCUCGGAACACUUGCGCUUCAAAAGAUCAACACUGUGUCGAGCAAACUGGCUCGAUCAUAACAUCACUAGUCGUAUAUAGUUUUGCAUUUCGUUGUACAAGUGUUCAAGAGAUAUCUACUGUCGGUUUCUUUCAACUCCGUCAGUUAGCUAAGUUAGCUCCUCACAGUUAGCUAAUAGCAGCACAGCACCAUCCGUCAGUUUGUUUGGAAACAUGUCAGGUCUUCGUGUUAAAGCUCUGAAGUUCCCAUUCUUGAGUCUCUGUCUGCUGGCUGUGGCUGGAAUAAUACUUGCACACGGGUCAGGUGACGUCACAGUGGUCGUCAAAGAAGGGAGUGGUGCUGUGUUACCCUGUUCCCUCAGCACCAAGGAGAGCAUUUCAGCAAAGCUCUUUGACUGGAGGAAAGCUGCUCAGAAAGAUGGUGGUCGGAAGGAGGUGUUCUUUUAUGAUGCAGGCAUCCAUUACAACAACGGGCGUCCAGGUCAGAGUGAGCAGUUCAAAGGUCGAGUCUUUCAUUUUCCAGAAGAACUGAAACACGGCAACGCCUCCAUCAUCAUCAGAAAUACAACGGUGACUGACAGUGGAGACUACACCUGUGAUUUUCCACGUCUUCAGCCACGUCAAACAUUCCACAUUGAGCUUGUUGUUGAGCCCAUCUUAAAGGACCGAUCAGGAGAAAACCCAGCUGCAACUCCAAAGCCGUUUAUCAGGAUCAUUAAUGCCACAGUGGGGGUGCUGCUGCAGUGUGAGGUUCGAGGUGCUUUUCCAGAACCACAACUUCAGUGGCAGGACAGUGCUGGAAACAAACUUCCUGCUGAGGAGUCGCAGGCCUCAGAGAGAGAAGGCCACCACUACAUCACCCUCAACACCAAUGUGACCAAGAGUGACCGCUACCGCUGUGUGGUGACACAGGAGGAAAUCAGUCAUCAGACUCAUGAGGAGACAUUUGUGUUUAUCAGAGAGACAGUGUGUGAGGACUCAUUCAGCAAAGUGGCUGUUGGAUGGUUUGGUGGUUGGGUUUUAGGAGCUGUUACUGUUGUUGUAGUUCAAGCUCUGCUUGUAGCUACAAAGUCCAUCACAGUAAACUGCAAUAAAGGUUCUUGUCUGAAGGAAAACAGUUCGUCUAACCAGAGAAACAGUUCAUGUACAGAGCCCACAGAGCUCUACCUGAGGUCAGAAGAUGGGUGGGCAGAUAGGGCGCUGGAGGCUGUCCCAGCUGACACUGGGUGAGAGGUGGGGUUCACCCUGGACAGGUCAGACAGGACGGGUAUAACCAGAGGGGGCAGUUCUGCAGCUUGAAGCUGUUGUGAAAUGAAGGAGGAGAAGGAGGAGGAGGAGGAGGCAACAGAUAAUCCACAUAAAGGAAAUCACUGCGUUAGAGGACCUGGAUGGACAGAAUUAUCUGGUGCAUGGUGGACAUAUUAGAUACGAACUGUAAAUAAUUUCUUAUCAUGAGUUUUGUUAUGAAUUCAGUUUUGAUUGUAACCUCACAGAAUUUAACUGUCUCAUAAAGAACAUGUCCAAAGCAUUUCUUGUCUCAGCCAAAAACACGUCAUUGCACUCUCAGUCCCCAUCCCAUCUACUCACACUUUAUGAAUGGAUUUCAUUUUCUUGACAAAAGAUGUUCAAACAAAUCCAUUCGAUCCAUCUUAACAAACGGUUUAUAGCCUGCUCAGUCUCUGAGAAAUAAUGUUUUGAAUCUCUUUGACCAAUCAACAGUUUUCAAAUUGAGAUGAAUAAAUGAAUGAAUGAUUUUUA